GCUGCCAUGGCUGUCUCUCUGGGACUCAGCUCUGCCCCCGAGGAAAUCCAGCACCCUCAGAUUAAGUUUUCGGAGUGGAAGUUUAAACUCUUCAGGGUCAGAUCCUUUGAAAAGGCACCCGAAGAAGCUCAAUCGGAGAAGGGUUCCUCAGAGGGGCAACCCUCUCUGGAGAAAUCUCCAACAGUUCCAGACAAGGCCGAGGGUCAGAAGCCAGUCCUGACCGCACCAGCCCCCAAGCCCCACCCCAAGUUUGUGAAGAACUCUGGUGGCCAUGGGAAAGCAAGGGACAAGGCUGUCCACCAGGCCAACCUUCAACAUCUCUGCCGCAUCUGUGGAAGUGCCUUUAAAACGGUUGGGCACAAUAGGAGAUACCCAGUCCACGGGCCUGUGGAUGGAAAAACCCAAGACCUUUUACGAAAGAAAGAGAAGAGGGUCCCUUCCUGGCCGGACCUCAUUGCCAAGGUCUUCCGAAUGGAUGUGAAGGCAGAUACUGACUCCAUCCAUCCCACCGAGUUCUGCCACAACUGCUGGAGACUCAUGUACAGGAAGCUUAGCCAUGGCCCGUGUGAUGAGACCUUCGCCAGGCAUGCCACCAUGGAGUGGCACCCUCACACACCAGCCUGCGACAUCUGCCAGGCCGCCCGUCUGGGACUCAAGAGGAAGAGUUGUCAGCCCAACCAGCCGCUCAGCAAAAAGCUCAAAAUGGUGGCUGACCGGGGGAGGCCAGCCUGUCAGUGCCAGAGAAGAGCGCAGGCGAGGACCCGUAACAGGGAAGUCCUGAAGAAGAUUGCCAACUGCAGUAGGAUCCACCUGAGCCCCAAGCUCCUCGCCGUGGACUACCCAGUGCACUUUGUGAAGUCCUUCUCCUGCCAGAUUUGUGACCACCUUCUGGCGGACCCCGUGGAGACCAGCUGUCAGCACGUGUUUUGCAGGAUCUGCAUUCUCCGAUGCCUCAAGAUCAUGGGCAGCCACUGUCCUGCUUGCAGAUAUCCUUGCUUCCCCACUGACCUGGAGAGUCCCGUGAAGUCCUUUCUGAGCGUCUUAAACUCCCUGAUGGUGAAAUGUCCGGCGCAAGACUGCCGUGAGGAGGUCAGCUUGGAAAAGUAUAACCAUCAUGUUUCAAGCCAUAAGGGAUCCAAAGAGACUCUUGUGCAUAUUAAUAAAGGGGGCCGACCCCGCCAGCAUCUCCUGUCUCUGACCCGGAGAGCUCAGAAGCACCGUCUGAGGGAACUCAAGCUUCAGGUCAAGACGUUUGCUGACAAGGAAGAAGGUGGAGAUGUGAAGUCUGUGUGCCUGACCUUGUUCCUGCUGGCCCUGCGGGCCAGGAAUGAGCACAGGCAAGCGGAUGAGCUGGAGGCCCUCAUGCAGGGCCGAGGGUCCGGCCUGCAGCCAGCUGUCUGCUUGGCCAUCCGUGUCAAUACCUUUCUUAGCUGCAGCCAGUACCACAAGAUGUACAGGACCGUGAAAGCCAUCACAGGGAGGCAGAUUUUUCAGCCACUGCAUGCCCUUCGGAAUGCCGAGAAGGCCCUUCUGCCAGGCUACCACCCCUUCGAGUGGCAGCCACCUUUGCAGAACGUGUCUUCCAGCACGGACGUCGGCAUUAUUGAUGGGCUGUCCGGCCUGUCCUUCUCUGUGGACGAUUACCCGGUGGACACGAUCGCCAAGAGGUUCCGCUACGACUCCGCGUUGGUGUCUGCUCUGAUGGACAUGGAAGAAGACCUCUUGGAAGGCAUGAAAUCCCAAGACCUUGACGACUACCUGAACGGCCCCUUCACCGUGGUGGUGAAGGAGUCUUGUGAUGGCAUGGGCGACGUGAGCGAGAAACACGGGAGCGGGCCGGCAGUUCCGGAGAAGGCGGUUCGGUUUUCGUUCACCAUCAUGAACAUUACGUUAGCUCAGGGCGCGCGGAACGUGAGGGUGUUCGAGGAAGCCAAGCCCAACUCCGAGCUGUGUUGCAAGCCCUUGUGCCUCAUGCUGGCCGACGAGUCCGACCACGAGACGCUGACCGCCAUCCUGAGCCCGCUCAUUGCCGAGCGGGAGGCCAUGAAGAGCAGCGCCUUGAUGCUCGAGAUGGGUGGCAUCCGCAGGACCUUCAAGUUCAUCUUUCGGGGCACUGGCUACGACGAAAAACUCGUCCGGGAGGUGGAAGGCCUCGAAGCUUCUGGCUCGGUCUACAUUUGUACCCUGUGUGAUGCCACCCGCCUGGAGGCCUCCCAGAACCUCGUGCUGCACUCCAUCACGCGCAGCCACGCCGAGAACCUGGAGCGCUACGAGGUCUGGCGUUCCAAUCCCUACCACGAGUCCGCGGAGGAGCUGCGGGAUCGCGUGAAAGGGGUCUCCGCCAAACCGUUCAUCGAGACCGUGCCCUCCAUCGACGCCCUCCAUUGCGACAUCGGCAACGCCGCCGAGUUCUACAAGAUUUUCCAGCUGGAGAUCGGCGAGGUGUACAAGAACCCCGACGCUUCCAAAGAAGAGCGGAAACGCUGGCAGGCCACCCUGGACAAGCAUCUCCGCAAGAAGAUGAAGCUGAAGCCCAUCAUGAGAAUGAACGGCAACUUCGCCCGCAAGCUCAUGACCCGCGAGACGGUGGACGCCGUGUGUGAGCUGAUCCCCUCCGAGGAGAGGCACGAGGCCCUGCGGGAGCUGAUGGAUCUCUACCUGCAGAUGAAGCCCGUGUGGCGGUCCUCAUGCCCCGCGCAGGAGUGCCCGGAGGCGCUGUGCCAGUACAGUUUCAACUCGCAGCGCUUUGCCGAGCUCCUCUCCACCAAGUUCAAGUAUCGCUACGAGGGCAAGAUCACCAACUAUUUUCACAAAACUCUGGCCCACGUCCCCGAAAUUAUCGAGAGGGAUGGCUCCAUCGGGGCGUGGGCAAGCGAAGGUAACGAGUCCGGGAACAAACUGUUCCGACGUUUUCGGAAAAUGAAUGCCCGGCAGUCCAAGUGCUACGAGCUGGAAGACGUCCUGAAGCACCAUUGGCUGUACACCUCCAAAUUCCUCCAGAAGUUCAUGGAUGCCCACAAGGCGUUGAAAAACUCGGGACUUACCGUAAACUCGCAGGCAACCAUGGUGGGGGACCCCUCAGGCCCGGAGGACGCUCUGGAAACUCAAGAUUCCAUGGAGUUUUAA